ACCUAGGUAAUCUUACAUAGUAUAUAUUAACAGCUGAUAUAUUUCACUUCCAUGAAUUCACGAAAUCCGUCCUGCAACUUGUCAUCUCAAUCUCAAUCCCAAUCCCCAAGAACCAGCAAUCCACCAGUCCAGCAAUAUUUUCUAAAAUCCUAACAAUGGAAUUCCUCUCCCUCUCUUCCUCGCUCAUUAUCGUCUGCAUCACUUGGGCACUAUCUUCUCAGCUCAUAUCAUAUCUGCGCUUGCAGCGCUGUAAGAAUUCAGAUGUUCCGCUUAUAGGGAAUUCGUGGUGGGAGAUUUUGACGUGCAGGGGUUUGUCGGGAAAAGAACUUUUGGUUGAUGCUUAUCGGAAGGUGAGUGAGUGAGUGAGGAAGAUGUUUUCGGGGGGGAGGGGUUGAUGAAGGAUAUUUAUUGUUUGGAAUGGUGUUUUUGGGGAAUAAUUUCUUGCGAGGGGAUAUACUACAGUAUAUACUCCGUGUGGAAAUAUCUUACUAUACAUACUGUGAUAUUUAUUGGUGGCUAAUUGAAAUAAACAAAUAAAUAGUAUUCGAAAAAUGGAAAGGCUUUUCGUAUGAAUGGGGCUUUGGGUCCUCAGUGGGCGUUGCCUACUUCGGUUUUUGCGCAGGCGGGGAAGAUGGGGACGACGGAUUUGGAUCCUUAUGAGGCGAAUGAAGAUGUAAGGUUAUGUUCUUUCUUUCUUCCUUUUUGGUUUUGUUGGUUGAUUCUAUAUCCUCACAGUUUUGACACGAUGUGAUGAUUGAUGAUUGAUGAUUUUUCCAUCAUGCAAUUUGAUUUGAUUUGAUUUGAUCCGAUCCGAUUCGAUCCGUGGACUGCAGUAAGAAGUCUACAGAUUUUCAGCAUAAUAAACUAAUACAUAUCAACAACAAAUAGUUCCUCCUAAUCCGACCCUUUCUCUCAGGCGAAAGCGAAGACCUAAUCCCCUUCAUCACCAAACUAACCCGCUCCAUCCCCGAAAUCAUCCCGCUCCUCCUUUUAGAAACCUCAACUGCCUUUCGGCAAAACUUCGCGCCGGAACAUCAUUCAACGGAAAAGGAUCAGGAGGGCUGGACUCGUACUUGUUUGUAUGCACAUGUUAAUGUUUCGCUUGCACGCAUCGUGAGUCGGAUUUUAUGUGGAGAGAAAUAUUCAAGUGAUGAGGCGUGGGUGGAUAAUGUGGCGACGUUUGCGAGGGGGAUUUUUUUCUCCGGGAUGUUGCUCAGGAGGUUACCGAGGUGGUGUCAUCGGUUUGUGGCGCCGUGGAUGGGGACUUCAAGGCAGGUUGCUGUUAUUGAGAGCGGGGUGACCGGGGAUGUGCUGGCGUUGGUUGGGGGGGAUGUUAAGGGUGAGAGUUAUGAGAGGGGUGUUUUGUUGCCUAUGUUGGUGGAGGAUGUGAGGGGGAAGAAAAGGUUUGAGGGGAAGGGAGAUGGGGAGUUGGUGUGGGGUGUUCAUAAUAGGAUUUGUAGGUUCUUUUUUGCGACGGUUGAUACGACGACGCUUACGUUUACGCAUGUGCUUUAUGAUGUUAUUGGACAUCGUAAGGAGUUGUAUGUGGAACCUAUGAGGAAGGAGAUUAGAGAUGUAUGGAAGAAAUUUGGAGGGGUGUGGAAUAGGGAGAGUCUUGGGGAAUUGAAGAGUUUGGAUGCGUUUAUGAGGGAAAGUCAGAGAUUACAUCCGUUGGGUUAUACAUUGGGAAGUAGAAAGGUGGCGAGGAGGGAGGGUCUGGAUUUUGUUAGUAAAGGCGAGGAUGGGGAAAAAAUCAUUCAUAUUCCUUUUGGGGAGAGGAUUGAGGGAUUAGCUUGGGCUAUUCAUCAGGAUGAUGUGCAUUAUGAUGAUCCGGGGGUGUUCAAUGGCUUUAGAACCAGGGAUGAGAGUAUCGCGGGCUCGAAUCCUAGCGAGAAAUUUAUGAGUUUCGGAUAUGGUAUGUUUGGGUAUUUCUUCUUGUCUUUGUUUUUUCUUCCGGACGUCAAAUGUAUAUUCCAUGAGCAAGAGGAUGAAUCAAUUGUCUAUGGAUUCGAGGAACAGAAUAAUUACUAACGAGAUAUCAGGUCGUCACGCAUGUCCAGGUCGACAUGUUGCCCUCGCGAUUGAAAAAGUCAUGUUGAUUGAAUUUCUCAUGAACUAUGAUUGGAAAGAGAUGGAUAGGUUGAAGGAUUGGUCGUUUGGAUACAACAAUAUUCCGGAUAUGGCUAGUAAAGUUCAUAUUAGAAGGUUGAGCGAAGAGGAGGUGAAGAAGGUGUGGGAGUAGGUUUUAGAUUUGGACUUGGUGGGGGUGGUGGUUGUUUUUGUGUUGUGGUUUCUGUUCAAUUUAGGGGAUUAUAAAAAGAUAGAUCAAUCGACUCUAGUUUAUCUUGUUAU